AGAUUAGCGAUUAUUUGUUGGCUAUUCAUCUAUUACCAAAUUUAAAGUACGUCAGGGAAAAAGAAAAUCCCAGCGAUUCGCCGUCCUUUGCUUCGAUGAUCGGAUCAGUCAUGGCAGACGAGAUUGAACUGAAAACAGCCCCUGCUGAUUUCCGUUUCCCUACAACAAAUCAAACUAGACAUUGUUUCACCCGCUACAUUGAGUUCCACAGGUGCUUGGCUGCAAAGGGUGAAGAAUCUAAUGAAUGUGCAAGAUUUGCCAAAUACUAUCGUUCUCUUUGUCCUGGUGAAUGGAUUGAGAAGUGGAAUGAACAGAGGGAGAAUGGUACUUUCCCGGGCCCUCUGUGAUUGCACAGUGGAAAUAAGGUGACCCCUCUCUGGCAUAGAGAAUUCAUCUGGAUCGUGUCAUUGGUUAAGUUUCAAUUUUUAUUUUAGAAUUCUUUGAGUUAAUAAGCUUGAAAUGGAGAUUUGUUUUAAUCCAUCAAGCAGCAUUAAUGUACUGUGGUCGAUGAGUCGGUCAAAAACUGAGUACGAAUUGAUGUCUUGAUUCAUGAACCUGCAUAUUUCUGCUGGUUGUUUCAUAGCAUUUUAAGGUACAAAGUGUCAAGGUUGAACACUAUUUAAUCCAAUCUCUUUUGAGCUUUUGUUC